GUUGACGUCAGUGGGCCUGCCUGUUUCCUGCAAUAGAAAGUGAGAGAGUGUACGGAGAAAAAACAGACCUUUCCCCCUUUACCGUAAAGGUUGUCACCAUAUGAAUAAAACGACAAUAAUUAAGAGCACAUUCAUGAUUCCGUGGCACCCCGACCCCCCCGCCUCCCCAAUCCGCUGAGGUUCGAGCCCCGCGCCCCCCCGCCGGCGAUGCGCCUCUGAGAGGGAGGGAAAGAUGCCGCGCACCAAACAGAACCACCCCAAAAACCUGAAAGAUAAAAUUGAAGAAGCUCAGAAGGAGCUGAAGGACCCUAAAGGCUGUCAGAGAGGUGUGACUGAGAACAGCCGGAGGAGUGCGGACAGCAUCAAAGGCCUGAAGCGGAAGAAGGUGGUGGCGGAGAGCCAGCUGAAGAAGAUCCCCAAGUCCCCCGUGAAGAAGCCCUCGCAGGCCCGAGCCCCGGCGGCCAAGGAAGCCACGCCCUCCUGUUCCUUCGCCGCUAGCCCCUCCCGCAGCAAACCCGUUCAGAAUGGAGAGCCCGGCGACGACGACGACGCGCGGUCCCCGCCCAGCCCGUCUGACGGACAGCCAGUGAGGGCCGAAGCCACGCCCACAGCCGCCGGCCGCGAGAGGCCCAUGCAGACGGAGAGGGGCGCCGCCCGGCAGCAGCGGUCCUUCGAGCCCCGCGAUGAAGAGGGCGGCCCGGCCCGCGGCCCCGAGGGCUCUCUGAAGGACGACUGGGGCGGCUCGGCCAACAGCGACAGCACCGGCGCCCCCCAUUCCGCCGCCCCGCUGGAGGUCCUGCUGAAGGCCAUGGAGCCGGACCUCUGCACCCUGGCGGAGAGGAAGAGCUCCUUCCCUGUGACCCACAGCAGGACGGCGGGACCAACCGCCGCUGCCCAGGCCAGCGCGGCCAUGUCCGGUGUGGUGAAUGUGGGCGUCCCAGCCCAGCUAACGCUAACCGCGCCCGACUUCACCUCCAAGCAACAGCAGUUCUACCAGAGCGUCUCCCAAACCGUGCCCCUGGGCGGCCUGGCGGCAGGUCAGGCCGCACCUGUGCAGUACCAGCCCUCGCAGGCGUACCCGCCGGGCCGCAUGCAGGAACUGGCGCACACGGCUGCCCUCCAGAGGGAAAAACAGGGUCUACGUCCGAGUUACAAUGCCAUGCCCGCCUCCACCUUGACCCAUGCGCCCGCCCCCUCGGGGCCCAAGGUCCUCCCGCAGAGCCAGCCUGCGGUGCAGACUUGCCAGUCGGUCUCGGCCAGCGUGCCCAGUGCCAUCCAGGUCCCCGUCACGCCCGGCUUCCACCAGGUGCAAAUGGCCACCAUAGUCACCCCGGGCCUGGAGCAGGUGUGUGGCUCCUCGGCUAAGGACCAGAAGAACAAGAAGCAAGGCAAGUACGUGUGCGAGUACUGCAGCCGGGCCUGCGCCAAGCCCAGCGUGCUGCUCAAGCACAUCCGCUCGCACACGGGGGAGCGGCCCUACCCCUGCGUCACCUGCGGCUUCUCCUUCAAGACCAAGAGCAACCUCUACAAGCACAAGAAGUCCCACGCGCACGCCAUCAAGCUGGGCCUGGUGGUGCGCUCGGACUCCGGCGGCGGGAACCUGUCGCAGGAGUCGGACCGGACGCCGAGCGUGCACUCCGACGCCGAGGAGAGCGGCGAGAGCGAAGACGAGAGCGCGGCCGACCUGGACCCGGAGUCGUCCCAGAGCAGCGCCGCGGGGCUGUCCGAGAGCAGCAUGCAGAGCGCCGGCGCCGCCCACGCCUGCCAAGGGGAGGCGGAGCCCCCGGCCGCCCUCGAGACUAUAAAAGCCAAUCAGAAGACCCUGGAGCCCAAAGUGACUCUGCCGAAGGUGGUGGUCUACUCCGUGAACGUCUCCCCCUUGCGCGCGGACAGCCCUAGGGUUACAGACUCAACGCCAGAGUUGGCCCAGGCUCAGAGGCAGCGGGAACCCCAGGCCUCCAGCGUCCGGUCCAGUGUCACCGUCCUGUCAUCUCUGACAGAAGUCGAUUGCCCGAGUCCCCUGCAGGACGCCAUAAGUGAGGAUGAGGACCGUCACUGCAAGUCGCCCCCCAGUGGCGGGCAUGCGCUGCUGCAGAGGCAGGAAGCGACGGACUUCUCCCAGCUACAACGGCAGCAGGCGACUGAUGUCUACCAGCAGCAGCAGGGGAAGGGCCUGCUGAGCCCACGCAGUUUGGGCAGCACAGACUCCGGCUACUUUUCUCGCUCCGAGAGCGCGGACCAAGCUAUGAGUCCCCCGAGCCCCUUUGUCAAGAUCACCCCCCCAACGGACAUGGACGUGUCCAAAAACCCUCUGAUUAGUCAUUCCGCCGUCGUGGCGACAGUCAUGCAGGCGACCUAUGCUGAGAAGCCCCCUGCUUUACAGGGCCAGAUGCGUCCGCCAUUGGAGACCAAAACCCUCUCGCUCGAGGAACGCAUUUCCAAACUCAUAUCGGACAACGAGGCAGUGGUAGACGACAAGCAGCUGGACAGCGUGAAGCCAAGGAGAACAUCUCUAUCCAGGAGAGGAAGCAUUGACUCUCCAAAAUCUUACAUAUUCAAGGACUCUUUUCAGUUUGACCUUAAACCUAUGGGCAGGAGAUCUAGCUCCAGCUCAGACAUACCAAAGUCCCCCUUCACCCCCACUGAUAAAUCCAAACAGGUGUUCCUCCUUUCUGUUCCCCCUCAGUAUCCAUCCAUGGACUGUUUGCCGAUAACAAGGAGUAACUCGAUGCCUACAACGCCUGGCUUUUCUGCACUACCCCCUCACAUAACCCCUCAACCUCAUGUCCUGCGUGGUUGUCAGUCAUUCGAUGACAAAAUUGGUUCCCUCAGCGAUGAUGUUUUUAUUUCAGCCCCUUCCACUCCUAAUCCAGCAGCGCACUCUCGGACACUCGUGAGACAGAUAGCCAUUGAAGAUUUCUCUACAAGCGAUGGGCACGGCCUCUCGUCUACGCGGUCCAUGGAUGAGGGCCGCCUUGGACCCAGCAUGUCCACAGAGGUCAUGCAGAAGAGCAAGUCAUUCGAACACGGACCUGAGAUAAACAGAAGACCCCAGCAGAGCAAAGGAACCAUGUUUGAAUGUGAAACUUGUCGUAACCGGUACAGGAAGCUAGAAAACUUUGAAAAUCACAAGAAGUUCUACUGCUCGGAGCUGCAUGGACCUAAGAACAAGCCCGCGGCUGCUGUUCGGGAGGUGGAUCAAGACGUUUUUGUGCGCGGAACUCAACAGCCUCAAUCGUUUAACCAGCGAAACGUAGGCAGCACGGGCAUAGCGGACCAGCAAACGUCGAUCCGAAAACGAAGGAAAAUGAAGAGCGUGGGCGAUGACGAUGACCAGUCUCCGACAGAGCCGAGUCCCCCGUGCUCCGGAAGUUUCGACUCGUGCCAACUCUCCAAGGACAUUCGGGCGAGGGCCUUUCCACAGGCCUCAAUUUUAGUGGAGCUGCAGCCCAACAGUGGUCUGCCACAAAUUCCUCCAAUACAGCUAAUGGGGAGGAGUACAGAGUCAUCAGAGUCCAGACUGUCACCAAUCAGAGAGGCUCAGAUUAGCGUUACCGCUAAAGAGAGGGGGGACCUUCAAAGACAAGGUAGUGGUACAUCUGUCAUACGACAUACUAACUCUCUCAGCCGACCCAGCUCCUUCGAGACAUCCGAGUCCAUCGACAGAUCCUCUCCUGUUGAUUUUGUGGAAAAGGAGGCCCAGAGCAUAACCAAAACUGCAACGGCAACAACAGUUAACAUCACAAAGGAGAGCCACCCUGAACUGGCACCUUUACAGAAGUGUAAAGAUCGGGAGAUGCCCGGAAAGGAUCAUCACGCUAACCGCACAACAGCAGUGCCCAGUGACAUUCGUUCUCCCCCACAACAGUCCCGGCUAGUGCGGCAAAACAAUAUCCAGGUACCGGAAAUUCUGGUGACAGAGGAACCAGACCGCGAGCAGGAGAGUCAGGGUACUGAGCCAGAGAAACCGCCCGAAACCUUCAGUUGGCCACAGAGGAGCGAAAGCCUGUCCAAGCUGCCAACGGAGAAGCUGCCUCCAAAAAAGAAACGGAUCCGAUUGGCGGAAAUGGAGCACUCUUCGGGAGAGUCCAGCUUUGAGUCCACCUUGUCUCGCAGCCUCAGCAGGGACAGCAGCCUGUCACGCUGCUCUAGUGUUUCGGCUUCUUUCGACAGGGACGAGCUCCCGCGAGCAGACAGCCCGUCCAGGGCCGAAUGCACCGGCAGGUCCCCCGAGAUCCAGAACCUGCCGUUAGGCUGCAACACCCUGGGAGUUCCAGGCCUCAGAGACUCCAGAGAGAUGAGGCGAGCUUCUUCCGAGCAGAUCAGCUGCACGCAGCCCUCGGUGGAGAUCGCGUCCGGUUACCGCAGCAAAUCCUUCGACUGUGGCAGCGUAUCGCCCAGCAGGUCCGUAUCGCCUAUGGAGACCGGUUUACAAAAAAGUUCUCCGGCUGUCCCCGUGGCCCAGAUUCCUCUUAUCGAAAGGCGAAGGGGUCCUCUUGUUCGGCAAAUGUCCUUAAAAAUUGGGUUUGAAAACCAGCUGCAACCCGGCAAGCCCCCGGUGGCCCUUCAGAAGGUGAACACAGCAAACACAGUCCUGGCUCCCCAGCAGAGGUUUCAUAGCACAGGUUUGCCAAACAUCGGCCAGCCUCUUAUUUUGCACCAGUUGAGUUCCAAGGAGGCUGUACAGCAGAAGAAUGAAGUGACUGUCCAGAGCAUUAACUUAGGCAGCCAGACCCAACAGGCCCCGGUUCAUGGCCUUCCACACCCUUGGCAUCAAAGCUCCAAGACUCUGAUGUGCCAAAGAACACCGCAAGCUCCUGGGAAAACUGUAGCAGGUCAGCAAGAUGCUCAGAACACUUCUGCCGACUCGCAAGACAAGAGAAACUACGUCCCCAAGUAUCAGCUGCAGUGUCCUGCCCCCAAAGCCUCAGCCUAUGCCUCCUCAACCACGAUUGGGACCCAGAUCACCUUGCCGAUCAUAACGCUGCCUGUCGUCAAAGAGGGUAGCAGUAUAUCCAAUCCAACUGGGGGAAUUCAGAAUAUAUGCGUGGUUCCACAGAGCCACCAGAUUGUAGCCAAUUCAGCAGCUUCCAUCGUCUUACCUGUAGGGCUUCAGAGCCGGGCAGGCAUGGCUCCCCUGCCCCAGAUCCUGAUCACCCAUGAGCUCAACCCUCCGUCCUCCGUUGCACCUUGUAGCCGCCCGCCUCCCCCGCAUGUCACUGACAGCAGUAUUAAAAAUCCCCACGUGCACGGAGAGGACCCUCAAGUGCCCGCCGUCUCUCAGCCCAAGUCCGGCUCGGGUCCUGAUGGCCAGAACCGCGCUGGUGACUCAAGGAGCAUGCCCUCCCUGGGGUCCUUGCACUGUGUCCAGAAGAUGUCGUCCAUGGGUCUCUGCCCACAGCAGGAGCCUGCUGCGUCCAGCAAGCGGAUGCUGUCCCCGGCGAACAGCCUGGACAUCGCCAUGGAGAAGCAGCAGAAACGAGCAAAGGAUGAACAUGGUGCGGCGUGCCUCACCGAUGGCAGGUCUCUCAGCUACCUUAACUCCAAGAUGGCAGAAGUGACCAGGCAGAGAAAACUCACGUUAGUCCGCCAAGUGUGCACCACAGAACCUGUGGACAGCCCCAUCGAUUUGGAAGCCCCCCAGCAGCAUCCAGAAAAGGCAGAGGUGGGAAAGCUGGACACUGUUGACAUUCAGACACCGGACAGCUCUAAGAACAGAGUGAAUGCCCCUACGGGACAGACCGCCGAAAGUAAGACUGCUGCAGUAGAAGACUACCCAGACCCAUCAGGGCGAGCUUCUUCCCCUGUGCCACCCAACUGUACGCUGAAGUCUCUCGGCAAGAGUGAGGAGGGGCGAUCAACUUCAAAGUCUCCUGUGCGGACGGCAAGCCUGCACGGGCAGGGGAAACUGACCUCAUCGGUGUCUGUUGUCAAUACACGGGACAGUCACCGUCUGUCCUUCCCCAGCCUGAAAACCGCCACCACCCUCACCUGGUGUUACCUGAUGAAGAGGAAGCCCCUGCACACCCCCCAGACAGACCAGAAGGUCUCGGCCUACUCCACCUGGUCCAUCAGCAAAAACAACCCCAACCCGCUGGGCCUCCCCACCAAAGUGGUCAUGUCCCUCUUCAACUCCAAGCAGAUAGCAAAGAAGACGCACUACACUCAAGCCAUUACCACCAGCCUGAAGUCUGACAUCCUGUCCUACUCCAGCAAGCUGAAAGACAGUUUGCCAAAGGUCUUAACCCCCCAGACGUGCAAGUCAAACGACAAGUGCAAACUCAAACCCGAGUCUCAGCAGAGCAACGAGUCAGACAGGGACUCGUCGUCUUCCAAGUCGGAGCCGAGACGAGUCAAAAUAUUCGACGGAGGGUACAAGUCAAACGAGGAGUAUGUGUACGUGCGGGGCAGGGGUCGGGGAAAGUACAUCUGCGAGGAGUGCGGCAUCCGCUGCAAGAAGCCCAGCAUGCUCCGCAAACACAUCCGCACGCACAGCGACGUGCGCCCCUAUCACUGCACCCACUGCAACUUCUCUUUCAAGACUAAAGGAAACCUGACGAAACACAUGAAGUCUAAGGCCCAUAGUAAGAAGUGCAUGGAGAUGGGCGUGUCGCUUAGCUCUGUGGAUGACCAGGACAUAGAGGAUGCAGGAGAGCGCAGCCAAACGGGCAGCACCGACCGCCCCGGAUCGGACGGCGAGGAUUCGGACGGGGUGGAGGACGAGGACAACGACGUGGAGGACGAGGACGAGGAGGACAGCCAGGCGGAGUCCGGCCUGUCGGCCACGCCCUCGGUCUCGGCCAGCCCGCAGCACCUCCCCGCCGUGCCGCUGGACGCCCUGCCCAGCGCCCUCCUGGCGCAGAUGUCCAUCUCCGGCGCCUCCCCCGGCCACGGCCCCGCCCCCGGCUCCGCCCCCCUCUCCCUGCCCCCGCCCCCUCCCUCCGACUCCCAGGCGUCCGACACGGAGUCGGUGGCCAUGAUGAGCCCCGUUUCCGUGGCGUCCCCCAGCCCCGCCUACCUCUCCUUCCCCGCGCUCCCCGUCUCCAUGGUUUCCGGCGGGCCCGCCCCCCUCUCCUUCGCCGCCCCGCCCGCCGCGGCCGACUCGCACUCCUCCGACACGGAGUCGGUCACCAUGAUGAGCCCCGUCUCCCCGUGCCGGCAGAUGUCCAUCGACUACCCCGAUGUCGAUUCCCCCACCACCCCCCCUGCCCCAGGGAAGGGCCCCAAGGACUCCCUAAGCUCCCCGCCCCCCCGCCCAUGGGCGGGAUCCAGCGAAGUGGGGUUCCCCGUGGACCGCAGUACCCAGACCACCCUGCUGCCCCCCAUGGCCUACGACCCCCCCGGCUCCCUGCGCUUCCUGCCGCAGGCCCAGAUCGCGGACCUCGGGGUGGGGGUGGGGGCGGGGGCGGGGGCGGGGCCGGGGGCGCACACGCACCUCUUCAGCCACCUGCCGCUGCACUCCCAGCAGCCCCUGCGCUCGCCCUACAGCAUGGUGCCCGUGGGCGGGAUCCAGCUGGUGCCGGCCGGCCUGGCGGCCUACUCCACCUUCCUGCCGGUGCAGGCGGGCCCCAUGCAGCUGACCAUCCCGGCCGUCAGCGUGCUCCACCGCAGUGGCAGCCCUCUGCCCGCCGCCUCGCCCGACGCCCCGCCCCCCGCCGCCGCCGCCGCCGAGCCCGUGGGCGGGGUCCUGCCCUGCUUCCCGCUGGGCCAGGUGGGCGUGGCCGGCCCGCUGGGGCUGGAGGCGCUGGGCGUGGUGGGCAUGGCCAACGCCGCCCUCCCCUCCGCGCAGCUCCUCCCGCAGCCCGGCCUCGCCCUCAAGACGCUGGGGCUGCAGGUGCUGGCCGCGGGCCCCGCCUCCCAGGGCGGGGCCAGCCCCCAGGCGCACAUGCCCGGCCUGCAGAUCCUGAACAUCGCCCUACCCACUCUCAUCCCCUCCCUCAGCCCCAUCCCGGCGGCCCCUGUGGCCCCCGCGGCCCCCGCGGCCCUGCCCUGUCACACAGAGACCCCCGCCAGCUGCCCUAGCGCCGCACCCUCUGCAGCCACGCCCCCCCAGCUCGCCCCAACUGCAGCCACGCCCCCCCAGCUCGCCCCAACUGCAGCCACGCCCCCCCAGCCUGCCCCAACUGCAGCCACGCCCCCCCAGCUCGCCCAAACUUCGGCCACGCCCCCUCAGCUUGCCCCAACCGCAGCCACGCCCCCCCAGCUGGCCCCACCCGCAGCCACGCCCCCCCAGCUGGCCCCACCCGCAGCCACGCCCCCCCAGCUCGCUCCCGCGGUUCAGGUUGCGCGGGAAGUGACGUCGUACAGCUCGCCGUCGCCUGCGGCCGCAGCCUUGGGGCACGGUGCGGGCGGCGCUGAGCGAGAGGAAGUGACAUCGCCGCCCCGCCCUUCCGCCUCUCCAGCAGGGGGAGCCGGCGAGCGAGAGCCUCAGAAAAGGCAGUCGUUCGCUCGGCGUCAGGUGACUGUCGACUAUAACGACGCCUCCAGCGAUGACGAGGACAGGCUUGUCAUUGCCACCUAAAUACCCCCCCCCUCCUCCCUCCCCCCAAAUUUAAAAGCUCUUUUUUAUUAAAUGCUUUGUCACUUUGUAAAACUGAAAACACUUAAGAAGGUUUGCAUCUCUGCAAAUCGUCCUUCUCUCAAAGCACAUUUUCUGACAUUUCAUAUUGUACGUGCAAUCACAAAUGAUGACCAAUCGCUUCAUUUUGUUUUAAAGCCUUUUUUUUCGACAGUUACAGACAACUGAUUUCUUUUACUUUUGUAUAUGUUGUAAAGACAGUUGUGCCUUUUUGGAGUUUCUGUAUAUAAUUCAGUAUGAAAUCUGGUAGUCACUUGUGUUUAUUUAGAGAAAAAUGGAAGUUAAAAACAAAAAAAGUGGAAGAAAAUUUUUAUUUUGAAAAGUUCACGUCAAUCAUAAAUAUAUGGGAAAAUAAAGUAUAUAUGUUGCACUGAUAAAUGUACAUUUCUAUGGUUUGGGGCAAUGUUUCCAUGUAAAAACUGAUGUUGUAGUUUAAAUAUUUAUUGAAUUUCAUCUCUGGCCUUGAUCCAUAGGUCUGUGUAAGAUGGUAGCUUCGCAUUGUGGUAUCUUAUCUUAUGACCUGUACCAGUAAAACUUUGUUUACAAAUGUG